CACAAUAUUUUUCGCAUCUCUCUGAAACCCUACACCUCUUUCUCUCUCUCGCACUCUUUCUCUCUUUCAAUCAUUCAAUGGAUUCUCUCCAUCCAACUCAACUCCAAUCUUUAGAUCCUUCUCACCCUCUGCCUGAAACCCCAGAUUUUCACUACGAAAACCCUCCUCCUCCGCCAGAACCUCAAUUCUCCGAUCCCCAAAACCCAGACAAAACCCCGACUCAAAAUCCACAAAAUUUAACCGACAACGGCCAUAAUCCUCAGAUCGUCCCCGAGACCACUCCAAGGUUCGAAAUCUCUAGACCCUUACUAUCUGAAAAUGGUCUCACCAACACUAACAGUGGCGACAGGGACUACUCGGGAGGCGAAGAGGAAACGACUAGCCGUCGACGUCGACGCAGUCGAUGGGAUCCGCCUGCUGAUUCCACCACCGGCAAUCAGUCGACCGAUGGUAAUAACAAUGAUUCCAGUAGCGGUACGCGCAAGCGGAAAUCGCGAUGGGCUGAUGAUGAGCCGAAGCCAGUUAUUCAGCUCCCUGAUUUUAUGAAAGAUUUCACUGGAGGUAUUGAGUUUGACCCAGAAAUUCAGGCUUUGAAUGCUAGGCUUCUAGAGAUUAGUCGAAUGUUGCAGUCGGGUUUGCCCCUUGAUGAUAGACCUGAGGGAGCUAGGUCUCCUUCUCCAGAACCAAUUUAUGAUAAUAUGGGAAUUAGAAUUAAUACUAGAGAAUAUAGGGCAAGAGAGAGAUUAAACAAAGAGAGGCAAGAAAUCAUUUCUCAGAUUAUCAAAAGAAAUCCUGCCUUUAAGCCUCCCGCGGAUUACAGGCCCCCAAAGCUUCAGAAGAAGCUUUACAUACCCAUGAAGGAAUACCCAGGUUAUAAUUUUAUUGGAUUGAUCAUUGGUCCAAGAGGGAAUACACAGAAGAGAAUGGAAAGGGAAACUGGAGCCAAAAUUGUGAUUCGAGGUAAAGGGUCAGUAAAGGAAGGGAGACUGCAGCAAAAAAGGGAUUUGAAGCCGGAUCCAUCUGAGAAUGAGGAUUUGCAUGUCUUAGUCGAGGCAGAAACGCAGGAGGCGUUGGAUGCUGCUGCAGGGAUGGUUGAGAAAUUGUUGCAGCCUGUUGAUGAGGUCUUGAAUGAGCAUAAGAGACAGCAGCUUAGAGAACUGGCUGCAUUGAAUGGGACAAUUAGGGAUGAGGAGUAUUGUAGGCUGUGUGGUGAGCCAGGACAUAGGCAGUAUGCAUGUCCUUCACGUACUACUACAUUUAAAAGUGAUGUGCUGUGUAAGAUUUGUGGCGAUGGUGGACAUCCGACUAUAGAUUGUCCUGUGAAGGGAACAGCAGGGAAGAAAAUGGAUGAUGAAUAUCAGAACUUCUUGGCUGAGUUAGGGGGGACUAUGCCAGAAUCCUCAACUAAGCAAACUUCCACCUUAGCUUUGGGUCCAGGUAGUUCUGGAAGCAAUCCCCCCUGGGCUAGUAAUACUGGAGGUCUUGGUAGUGCUAAUCAGCCGGGACUAGGAGCAAAUGGAAUUAAACCUAUCAAGGAGUAUGAUGACACUAAUUUGUAUAUUGGGUAUUUGCCACCUAAUCUUGAUGAUGAUGGUUUGAUUGGAUUGUUUUCAUCUUUUGGUGAUAUUGUGAUGGCUAAGGUCAUCAAAGAUCGAGUUACUGGAGUGAGCAAAGGCUAUGGUUUUGUGAAAUAUCGUGAUAUCCAAAUGGCUAAUAAUGCAAUUGCAAGCAUGAAUGGGUAUCGUAUAGAUGGACGGACCAUUGCUGUGAGGGUUGCUGGCAAGCCACCACAGCCUACUGUUCCUCCAGGGCCUCCUCCAUCAACUAUGCCCACAUACCCUGUUUCAUCUCAGCCAGUUGGUGCCUAUCCGUCACAGCAGUUUGCACCAGGUGGUCCUCUUCCAAAUGCACCACCUGCAGGCUACGCAGCUGCUCCUGCAAGCUAUACUGGAACUCCAGUUCCAUGGGGACCACCAGUACCUCCUCCUUAUGCUCCUUAUGCUCCUCCCCCUCCUGGGUCGACUAUGUAUCCUCCUGUCCCAGGACAGCCUAUGCCCCCUUAUGGUGUACAAUAUCCUCCACCAGUACAGCCUGUCCCCUCUGGUGCGCCAACUCAGACAGUGACUUCUAGUGAAGGUCAGCAAAGCUACCCACCAGGAGUGCAGUCUGAAAACAGCACGUCUGCUCCCCCACCAUCAUCAAAUAUCUAUGGGAACCCUGGUGUGGCAAUGCCUUCUGGAGUUCAACCUGCAUAUGCUACAGCUUCAUUAGGUUAUUCAUCUUAUUACAAUGCAGUUCCUCCUCCUCCUCCGGCACCUGUCCCAACAACUGACCAUUCACAGGGCAUCAGUAAUGUUCCUUGGGCCCCAAAUCCACCUCCGCCUCCUCCAGUUUCUGCUGCUUCGGAAAAAGCAACUUUUGGUGCAGAUGCAGAGUAUGAGAAGUUCAUGGCAGAGAUGAAAUGAUGCAGCCUCUUUGGUAUUAGUUUCCAGUUCAGAGGCCUGAUGUUUGUUGGAGCAACCUGAUUUCUUACCUCUUGCCAUGACUUUGUUGGAAGUUUGGGACUCACAUCUUUAACCUUGAUGUACUCUUUAUGACAUUUGCAGAGAAUUGGGCAGAAGAUUCUUCUGUUUUGGAGAAGCCGCUCAAAAUUCAUUCAUAUUAAUAUUUCUUGUUUUGUAGGACAUAGUUGGUUCCGAACGGAUGCUUGUUGGUCCUAUAUAAUGUCUGGUUGCUAAUAUUUUCUUUGUGCUCUUCGUCACUUAUAGACUUCUGGAAGCUGCUACUGACAUCUUUAUUGUUAUAUUUUUUUCUUUUUGGGGAAUGUUUAACCAUGUGGUUUAUUUGCA